CUUUCAUUUGACCUGAAUAAGUGAGUGAAGGGCUUCAAGCACAGCUCCUGUCUCACAGAACAGGACAGAAACUUUUUUUAAAAUCUGCUUUUCACACAGGAGAAUUGAAAGCGGGAAUUUGCAGCAUAACAAAGGCAAAGAAAAAACUUGCUGAACUGGAUUUCUCUGUGUGGUUUGCAGGACACGAUGGCUUCAACCACGGCAAACAUCAGUAAUGUACGAUAUCAAAGGAUUGAAGACUGUGAGGCUACCAACGAGGGGCUGUAUAAGUUCUACGCCGCUGUGAUGAUUGUGAUUUUCAUCUUGGCUUUGCCUCUGAACGCAUCAGUCCUCCACCUCUUCAUUUUCAAGCUCAAGUUCUGGAAAUCCAACAGCAACAACAUCUUUCUUUUCAACCUGGUUCUGGCAGAUAUCCUGCUGCUCUUCUGUUUGCCAAUCAAAGCUCAUAACUACAUCAUUGGACAAAGGAGGAGCAAGAAUGACACGGUGUGCAAAGCGAUGCUCUUCAUGUUGUUUUUAAACCGUGGGGCCAGUAUCGCCUUCCUAACGGUGACCUCCAUCGAUCGAUAUUUUAACGUAGUGCACCCAGGCAGAAAAAACCUCCUGAAGGUUCUCAAGAAAUCUCCUCACAUCUCCAUCUUGAUUUGGGUGUUUCUUCUGCCUCUAACCAUUCCCACCAUGCUGAAGACCUUUGAGUGCUGCAACAGCCACGGCCCAGAUGAAGACCCAAAAGACGACACUCUGAUCAAAUGGUGGGAUUUGGUGGACAGCAUGAGAGAGGUGGUUUUCUUCAGCCAGAUCGUCAUCCCUUUCAUCAUCCUGGUCUACUGCACAGUGCGAAUCGUGAACCGGCUCAGGAAGAAAACCGUUGGGGAUAGGACCAAGCUAAAGAGAGCGGUCUUUCUUGUGACCACCGUCAUGGUGGUGUUCUCCUUCUGCUUCCUGCCUUGCACUAUCGCCAGGAUGGUCCUGCUGAUCAUCAGGGUUCAGGAUGCAGACGAUACUAUACAGGAUAAAGCAGCCGUGGCUUUUGACGGCCUAAUGGUGCUUUCCUAUAUGGACUGUCUGCUGGAUCCGCUUGUUUACUGCUUCUGUAGCACCAAGUUUAAAGCACUUUAUCUCUCUAAUUACUUCUCUUGCUGUGUGGAAGUGCCGCCGGAGCAGUUAAACAGCUCAUCAGGAAACACAACACAUCCAAAACGCAGCAACGUUAUUUAAAAGAAGCAACUUUAAUAACUGCUGGGUGUUUAUGAACAGAAUGCUGCCAUGCAGCAGCUGCAGAGGGACUGUAGCUCAAACAUGAACCUGAAAGACUUUAAGUUAAAUCAUAAUAUGUAAAUAAAACAAAACAGAUGAUUAUAUACCUUUGUGGCUGAUGUAAAUCAUCUAGAGGACUGAUUUUGACUCAGAAUCUUCAAUAAGAGUUAUUUUUUUAUAAUGUCAAUACUUUUCUUAAAAGAACUGCAUGUAAAAUAUGCACAUCUGUUUUUAUUUUGUUCUUGGACUGUGAGAUAAGUUACACAAUCCCUUCAUGGAAGAGGAAUCUG